GCUCUGGUGCUCGCUGUUCAAGUCGUCUACGAGCCCUCGAGCGGACCACAUGGCUGGAUCUACCUGCAGCCCCUCCUCCUGCGAGAGGGCGAAAUUUUCGAUGCCGACGAGGAUGCGGAGAUGGAGCAGGUUGAGCCGGUGAGUCUCGAUGGUGUCAACUGGGCAUUCGCAAGCCACGCAGACGACCUGGGCGGAGGGGCCUGGAGGGUGUCGCCUCCGGACUACUUGCCGCCAUGA